AUGAAAGAUAUCGACAUUGUGGCCAUUUCAAUGUAUUUUAUUCGUUUGGGUAACAUCGUAGACAUCACCGUGGUAAUUUCUUCUUAUUUUUACCUGCAAAACUUGGAGUGUAGAUUCCAAACAUUGAACAAUUUCUGGACACAACUUCCAGACGGAUUUACGACGGUUCCCGUCAUCGUCGGUGGAUGGUCGAACCCCGAGAUCGUUAUGAUGUUGGAUAACGUUCGACGGUUACACAGUGAACUGUCCGACCUGUUGCGGAUAUUCAGUAUUAGUUUCGGACAAAUCCUCUUGGCAUUCUUCGUAUUCAGUUACAUCGAUAUAAUUUUCAAAUUUUUUAUUUCAAUUCAUUUCAUAGGACUUACUAAUUGGACAGUCAGUGUUAAUGCUGUAUUGGUAAAAUUAAUAACGUUCUUGGUGUAUUUACAAGAUUCAAUUUUUGUUAUGAGUAUUAUCAUCGCAGCCUCACGCGUGAAAGAUACGGUAAAUAUGACAGACAUUAUUGACGACACUUGUUUACAUAGUAUAUAA